ACCUGCCAAAAAAAAAAGGUUAAAAAAAAAAGAUUGAAGGCAAAAUCGCGCGCGCGCACAAUAUCUAUCUCCAGGAAAGAGAGAGAGAAGAUUUUCAUUGGUUCUGAAUGUCGCCGUAGUCCGGCAGCCAUGGACGCUGCUUCCUCCGCCGUCGCCGUCGCCGUCGCCGCCUCGCUACCGCCCAAACGGCCUCGCGACAAGACUCUCUUUCUACCCCGGCGCACCGUCUCCGCCGCUUCUUCUUCGUUCAGCUUCAAUCUCGCUCUCUCUCCUCGCCGCCGUCUCCCCUCUGCCUCCGCCUCUUCGACUUCAGCCUCCUCCUCCUCAUCUCCUCCCCUCCCUUAUCUCUCUUCCGAUUCCGUCUCCCGGGAGCUCCGCCGCUGGCUGGUCUCCACCGACGCUCCUCCGGCGGGGCGGGAUUCGAAGCCCGAGGUCGUCGAUUUCUACGUCGGCGUGCUCCGGAGAGUUCUCGGCAGCGAGAGGGAUGCUCAGAUGUGCAUGUACGACGCUUCCCGUGAAAUCCCCUUCGGAUUUCGUUGCGAGGUCGAUGAAGAUACGGCUCGCCAGCUCGCCCGCGUACCUGGAGUUUUAGCAGUUAAGCCUGAUCCGGAUUAUAUAUCAGCAAAAGAGGAUUUCUCGGACAGGCAACCCGGUUACUUGUCUGACCCAAACAUUGGAAACCCAUGGCUGUUUCCAUUGGGGACUACUAAACAAUGGCUUGUCCGGGUGGACAAACCAGGAGUCGGAGUGGUUACUAAGGCACAGAUGGUCGAUUAUUAUGCUCAAAUAUUGGCCAAGGUUCUUGGGAAUGAGAAGGAUGCGCAGAUGUGUAUUUAUCACGUUUCCUGGCUAUCCGACUAUGGUUUCUGUUGUGAAAUAGAUGAAGAAUGUGCAAGAGAGCUAGCUGAUAUCCCUGGCGUUCUAUCUGUUCAACCAGAUGAGAAUUAUAAAUCUGAGAUAAAGGAUUAUGGAGGUAGCAAUUUGCAGAAUGCUACAGGUUCAGCAGCGUCCUCUGGAGCAGAUCAUACAUCCCCUAUAAGAACAAAGAAACUUUUUGUAACUGGUCUCUCAUUUUACACAUCUGAGAAAACAUUACGAGCUGCAUUUGAAGGCUUCGGGGAUCUUGUGGAAGUGAAAAUCAUAAUGGACAAGAUAUCAAAAAGGUCAAAAGGAUUUGCUUUUGUUGAGUAUACUACGGAGGAAGCUGCAAGUGCAGCACUGAAAGAGAUGAAUGGCAAGAUCAUAAAUGGCUGGAUGAUAGUCGUUGAUGUUGCAAAGAGUAACCCACCACGCCACAGCAGAGGCCGCCCCAGAUAAGCUACUAGAGAGAGAGAAUUAGGGCUUUCAUUUAUUUAUUGUUUAAACUCCUGCAGUCACGAUAACAGUUUUGCUCCAUCCAGCCCGUUCUCAAUUUAUUCACAUUCUUGGUGCAUCAUGCCUCCAAAGUGCAAGUUCUCGUGAAGAUCUUGGAGUCCGCUGUCGGGUGGCGUUCUCAUGUUGUGCUAGGCAUUUUGAGUCAUGACAUUCUUGGCCGGGACUUCGUGUAUACUUCACUCACGAAAUUUCCUUAUUUCUCGUCAGAUUUCAUUCGUGUUCGAAUCAGUCGUUUUUCUUGGUACUCAAUCUUCGGAUUUAUUGAAGAUAAGUUCAACGUUA